CAAAGUUUUUAAGCGAUCUAACUAUAUUUUCUUUUGAAUUCAAAGGUCCGAAACAACCUUGUAAUGCUUGUCCAUCUUGAGCCCUAUCCUCCGUCUGUGGAGACGCCCCCCAUGAUGGUGGACGUGGAUCAAGAUUUGACCGUAGAAGACCUCAUCACUUUGUAUUGCCAUGAGAAUGUGAGGGCAGGAAAAGAGAUUAUCGUCUGGAAUGGAAACGCACCCCUUCCAAUGGAGAAGACGCUGCUGCAAUUAAGAAUACCCAAUGGUCACACACUCAGAAUUGGAUUCAAAGAACUGAAUGAAAAUGUUUGUUUAGAUGAAGAAGUUGAGCAAAGAUCAGAGAAGAAGAAAUGGAUUCAAAUGGCGAUGGCUGUCGGAAUAGUUAGUGUCAUACUCAUCGUCAUUUUAGCAUUGAGCAUGUAUUUCUUUUUCGAACACAAGAAUAAACCGAAAAAAGAAUCCUUCCUAGAAGAAACUACUCUGUUCGGACGGAGUAAAAAUCUUAGGUGUGACUCUCCCCAAAAUGCAUCUCGAAAAUUUGGAGUGGUGGUAGAUGACGGGGAGUUGAAUACAUGUGCAGUCCUGUAUUCUUGGGAUAAAUCUCGAGGAAGUGCAUCCUGUGUCAGGGAAGAACUGGAAUGCUGCAUCAAAAACAACAAAGGUGGAUUGUCAAGUCGUCAUCCCGAGAAUCACAUGAGACGGAUCACGGUUUGUGUUAAAAAUGUUACCAACACGAUUGAAGAGGCACAAGAUAUUCCUGUUCAUGUUGCAACAGGCAGGAAGAUUCAAAUGAAGGGCGGGACAACUAAUGUUUCAUCCCUGAUGAGAGAGUUUCUGAUGAGAGCAGGAUUCAAGAAGACUGUAGUGACAGUAAUGAGUGGAGAAGAGGAAGCUCUCUAUGGAUGGAUUGCUGCUGCUUACCUGAGAGGAGAUGCCAACAAGGUGAAUCGAUUCUCUUUUUUAACUCACUUUAGAACCCGCUUUACCUGGUUCGCACUCUCUAAAGAGUAA